ACAGUAAGGUCGAGGGCACAGUAGGGAGCCAGCCAAAGGGGGAGGGGGCUCCUACACCUUCCUCUUACCACGACACAUCAGCACUUGACCCAAGGAGGCUCCACACCACGCCUUCAGUCCCAGUCCCAGCAGCCCGAGGAGGGGAGGGCAGUUAUCUGGGGCACUCCGCACACCCAUAGGCUUUGCUAGAUCAUGGAGCUGCCCUGUCUUCCUACAGAGUCCCCCACAGCAGCCAGCUCCUGCUCCAUGGAUCCCCUGUACGACAACUGCCCACCUUUCGCCCAGCGAGGGAGGGCCAGGGUGAGGGAAAUGGAGAGUAGGGUUGUGUGCCCGGGUGUAACCAGACUCCCAGGCCCUUGCAGCUCUUGCAGCCCUCUGGCCGGACUGACCCCAGCUGUGGCUUUGGUUCCCACACUGGACUGUGGGGGAAGAGCGCCUGGCGGCUGGCCAGAUCAUAGCUACUGCAGCUGGGGAGGGGGCCGGGGGAGACGGGGCUGGGAAGCAGAGCUGGAUCAGGGCAUAAACAGAGGAAGAGGAGGGGGAGAGAGAAGGGGAGAACAGGGAGGCUGUGGGGAGGACAGAGCCCAUCUCCACCAGAGCCCCAAUCCAUCCCAGAGUGAGCAGCACAGGAGUGCUCUGUCUCUGUAUGAUAACCUGCCUGACGCUGUCACCCCUGAAAGCCUCCAGGAGGUCUUUGAGACAGAGACAAGUUUCCAGGAGCAGAUGUAUCAGGCAUGGGCCCCUGAGCACAUGCAGGGCCUGAUGGAGGCUGAGGGAGUGAGUCAAGACAAGAGCCCCUGGUCCUCCUGUGAGAUCAGCCUCCCCGAGAGCGGCUCAAUCAACCAGGACCAGAAUCCAGACCAGGACAAGGAGCGUGAGCAGGAGCCAGAGCUGGACUCAGGAUCCUGUGGAUAUCAGCAGGCCGACCUCCAGCUCCCAUCGUCACCUCACGUCCUGACAGGCAGCUCCCCUCAGCUGUGUCCCACUGAGUGCCAGGGCCUGUGGCCCCCCGAGCAGCCGGCCUGGUCUCCCAGGGUGCCCCCUCCCAUACCGCAGGCUGACCCGUGUGCCAGCGCCCUCCGCAGCCUCCUCACCAGCCUCCAACAGCAGAUCGGCCGACAGAGGGAGCAGUAUGAGGAGAGAAUAAUCAGCCUAGAGCAGAGAAAUGAGGAGCUGCAGGACGAGGUUGUGCGGCUGAAAACCAACCUGGUGCAGCAGCGCCACUGGUACCAGGUCAUCCAGACGAAGAUCGUGGAGUCGGAGAGAGCCCGGGACGCCGCAGAAGAUCGCAACGCAACGCUGCAGAGAGAGAUGGAUCAGUUCUUCGACACCUUCGGAGAACUCAACAACGAGGCCAAGAAGACAGAGUAUAUCGUCAAGAGCUUCUGAGGAGGAAUGUGUGUUGACAUGAAUGGUGUGUGCAAGGUGCAGGGGGAAAGGCAAGAAAGACCUGGUGCUGAGGUUUGUCUCUAGGCAGAACAUGUUGCUCUCUCGUUGGGAGGGAUUUAAGUGAUGUACAGCUAUUUGUUCACUGGAAGAAAAUGAAUCACUGAUGUCCACUUUAUUAGUUGCGUAAGGGCCAAGUGAUAAUAACGUUGUGGUCGAUGCAAUCGCACAGGACAUCUCUGAAAAUAAAAGGAGAAACAAACUGAACGAAAA